GCAGCGCGCAGGGUUCAGCCGUCCCGCCGGGGGCGGCGGUGGCCGCGGCGGCGGGCCCGGAGCCGCAGCCUGCCGGGUGUGUCGGGAGGCGCUGCUGAGGGGCGGGACGCCGGGCAGCGGGCGGGCGGGCAGGUGCGACUCUGGCGUCCGGGGGCGGGGAAGCGCUUUCUCCCGGCCGGGCAGGCGGCGGUGUGCGGGCGCGGUGGCGGUUUCCCCGGGGCGGGGCGGACCGCGGCGGUGCGGGGCGGGCCGGGAAGGCGCCCGGGCGGCCGCGGGCCCGCGGCGGUUGCGGUGACGGACUCGCGCGGCCCCGCCUGCCCCCGCCGCCGCCUCUGCCGUGUAACGGCCCUUUCCUCGCGCGGCCCCGGGCGUUCGGGGGCGGCUGUUGGCGGCUGGACCCGACCCGGCAGUGCCGGACCUGCCCCCGCUCCGCCCCGCCGGGCGCACACACGCACACACACACACACACACACACACACACGCACACGGGCAGCCGCACACGCACUCACCCACACACGCUCACUCACACGCACACGCCGCCGGGGCGGCUCCGGACCCGGCUGGCGGAGCGCGGCGGAGGGAGGGAGGCGGCCACGCCGGGUCACCUUCCCGGCCGCUGGCAGCGAGAAGGGCGCCCUCGCCGCUCUCUUCCCCCGCCGCCAUCCGCCCCUCCGGGCCGUCCCCGCCCCGGGUGAGGGGGUGCCCCGGGCCGGCUCGGGCAUGAGCUGCGCCGGGGGCAGCGUCGUUCUCCCUCCCGCGGAGCAGCAGCGAGACCCCGCCGCCCCCCUGGAGCUGCCGGCCGGAGCGGGGGAGAAGAGCGGGGACACCCCGGAGGAAGGAGAGAGUGGCGGCCCCAGCUCCGGCGAGGGCCGGAGGGGCGGCUCGGAGAGCGGCCGUGCCGAGGCGGGGGCCACCGGCGGCGACAAACCCGAGACCCGCUCGGUGUGCAGCAGCGAGAGCGGCAGCGGCAGCCACCCCGGCGGGGCCGGCCCCAUCUGCAAGAUCUGCUUCCAGGGCCCCGAGCAGGGUGAAUUGUUAAAUCCUUGCCGCUGUGAUGGGUCAGUACGGUACACACAUCAGCUUUGCCUGUUAAAGUGGAUAAGUGAAAGAGGGUCAUGGACCUGUGAACUCUGCUGUUACAGAUACAAUGUUAUAGCAAUUAAAAUGAAGAAGCCCUGCCAGUGGCAAAGCAUUACUAUAACACUGGUUGAGAAAGUGCAGAUGGUUGCUGUAAUCCUAGGAUCUCUGUUCUUAGUAGCAAGUGUGACUUGGCUUCUAUGGUCAGCCUUCAGCCCUUAUGCAGUAUGGCAAAGAAAGGACAUCCUUUUUCAAAUCUGCUAUGGAAUGUAUGGUUUUAUGGAUCUAGUAUGCAUAGGACUGAUAGUACAUGAAGGUGCAUCUGUUUAUCGAGUGUUUAAGCGCUGGAGGGCGGUGAAUCUACACUGGGAUGUGUUAAAUUACGAUAAAGCCACAGACAUAGAAGAGAGCAAUCGAGGAGAACCCUCAGCAGGAAGGACAUUGUGGUUACCGCUGACUGCAUUUAGAAACAGAAGUUUAGUUCAUCCGACACAGUUAACCUCACCAAGAUUUCAGUGUGGCUAUGUAUUGUUGCAUCUGUUCAACCGCAUGAGACCUCAAGAAGAUCCGUCAGAAGACAACGGCUCUGGGGAGGUAGUGAUGAGAGUCACCUCAGUGUAAACAUUAUGCUCACUGUGCUACACAGAUAAGGAGAAUGUGCCCUGAUGUUACAGGACUUUGGAAUGUAGUUACAACUAGUGGUGAAACCAUUAACACUUGAAAAAAUAUAUACACUUUUUUUAAAAAAAAUAAUGCUUUUUAUAUGAUCAGCUAAAACACAAAUACAUUUUUUCUGGGAAAAAAAGUCUCUUCCUUUUUAUAUAGUCUGGUUUAUUAGAACUUUUGACAAUUUGUACCUGAGGUGUACACAAAAUAGUUUACCUCUUAGGUCUUUGAAUGAUAAGGAAACUCAUUUUUAAGUAAAAAAAUAUAUUUAAAUGUAUUUUCUUAAACUCCGGCUUUCAUCCACUACUGUUAUUUUUCCCACUUUCAUGAGGAUUAAACUGAACAACCUUCUUCCAAAAAGAAAAAGAAUUUUUAUACAAUUCAAGUAUUCUUCUUUUUCUGUCUUUAUUCUAUUGUUGUUUGCAGCACAGUUCAGGUAUAUGAAAGUAAGGGCUAUAUUGUCACUUGUCUUUGAUCAGAGGUCCAAUGGGUGUUUUACAAAACAUGAGGGAAGAUGCCAGCUCUUCUUUUAGCUUUCCCACAUGAGUGCGUAAGAUGUCAGAGACAAGAAUGACACAGGCACGGGAAGGGUCUUGCAGUUCCUCUCAAGUCUCUAGGACCUGCAGAGUACUGGUGCUGUGCCCAUGCCCAGAAAUGACAUUAAAAUGACAUUACCUUCUGAGCUGCAGCACUGAACUUAGCAGCCUGUGAAUUUCUAGUACCAUUCUAACUGUAGGACAUUGACAUCCCUUUAAUUUUUUUUUUAAAGAAAAAAUGCACGUUACAGCUUAUGGAAAAAUAAUAAGUCCUGAUGGAAACUGAAGUAGAAAUAAUGCAGAGCCUUAAUUUUGCCAGGUAAUGAAUCACCACAUUAAAAAUGAGGCAGCGUUCAUCUUUAUCAUGGUAGCUAAUCAAUGCUGUGAAGUUUGCUUCUCUGCUUUUGACUCAUUGCAAAAAUUCUAAUAUCAUUUAAUCAAAUGAAAAUGUAAAUUAUUUCCAAGUUAAUAAUUAAGUCUGUUAAAGAUCAAGAUGAAAAAGUAGAGCUGAAAGGACUCUGGGAAUGGUAGCUUACUUAAAACAGUUUGGGGUGGGUUGACCUUGGCUGGCUGUCAGAUCCCCAUCUAGUUGCUCUCUUCCCCUUCUCAGUAGGACAGGGUUAGAAAAUAAGAUGAAAAAUCUCAUGGGUCAAGACGAAGACAAGGAUGUCGCUUACCAAUUACCAUCACGGGCAAGGCAGACACGACUUGGGGAAAAAUCAUUUAUUGUGAGUUAAAAUAGAGUUGGAUGGUAAGAAGCAAAGACAAUACCUAAAACACCUUCUCCUACCCAUUGUCCUUCUUCCCAGGCUUGGCUUUACUCCUUCACUCCCAAUUCCUCUACUUCUUCCCCCUGAGAGGUGCACAGAGAGAGGGAAUGGGGGCUCCAGUCAGCCCAUUACAGCUCCUCUCUGCCACUCCUGCCUCCUCACGCUUAGAAUCAUAGAAUCAUGGAAUGUCCUGAGUUGGAAGGGACCCACAAGGAUCAUCAAGUCCAACUCCUGUCCCUGCACAGGACAACCCCACAGUUCACACCGUGUGUCUGAGGAUGUUGUCCAAUCACUUCUGGAAGCGAUUUUCCUGCUCCAGUGUGGGGCUGUCCCAGGCGCUGCAGUUCC